AGUCACGUGGCAUCACUUCUUUACCUCUCACCAGCUCUCACCUCAGCCUGGUUUCUCGUGUACGCGUCCUUGAACUGUCACCCUCAGUUCCACACGCAGACUUGGAAAAUAAUUGUAGAUUUCGACAUAGCAGGGACGUGGCCCAAAUUCAAUGUAGCAAUGUCCCUCGCGGAGCUGACGAGGAACUGUUUUCAAAGUGGUAUCUCUGCUUCCAAAUGGCUUGGACUAUGCAGGCUUCUCAUUGCAAAGGAUAAUGGACUCCAAGAAUCAGACGCUGUCGAGAGCACGCUCAGCAACUCUGUUCUUUCAAUGCUUCGGUUCUAUCCUGGCAACCCGGACUUACAAGAAUACCUGAAAUACGCCAUCCAGGACGGCAUGAUUUCCGUCGCCGUCUUCGUGGCUACUAUGCUUCAAGCAGCACGUUCUCCGGUUCUACAUCACCCCGCCACGCUAGAUAUGUUAUGCCGCAUCGCUUUGGAUGCACAUUACUCAUCUGGUUCUCCGCCAAUGGGUUCCGUCGUUUCUUAUGGAGAGUCAGCCAUAAUUAUGGUCGGGACGGUGCAGGACGCGUUGGCACUUUUGCGAACUGCACAUGCCUUACCCCUCACCCAUUUUCACCAGCUCACCGCCUCUGCAUCUGAGCUUGUUAUACUGCUUCUCUCAUGUGCGUGUGUGUCUGAUCUCUCACAAGUGUCUACAGCGCAGGCAUCGAUUCAGUUACAAGACAUCACUGAAAUCCUUCAAAGCUUUCGGUUGACCCCAGCCGUCCGGCAAGCUCUGGAUACUUACAUGGUAUCUCUCGGUUUUUUGACCGGAGAUGAAUCAAAGGCUGCCAGGGAAGCCCAAAUGAUGCAUUCGCUUCAAGUCGCUCUAGGCAAGGACGAUGUUUCUGGGCCUAAUUCUGAUACCGACGUCAUUACUUUUGGAUUGGAACUUCAUCAUCUUGUUACCCAUAGGGCAAGGCAUUUCGGUGCUGGCUGUGGACCGGAUGCUGUAGCUUUGUUAGUGGGGAUCUUCAGAAGGUCUUCCUGGCCAGCACCUGUGUUCUAUACACAACUUUUUACGGCAGCUCUGUUAUGUCUCUCGCAGGCUUCUCAGUCGACCUGUUUCAUCUGGCGUGGAUUUAUUGUUGGAAGGCUUCCUGCUCUCCUAACGGCCUUUGAAGAGGCCAUGACCAAUGAUAACACCGUGGACGUUGAUUGGCGAAGCGCAACGCAAGCUGCUAUGUCUAUCUUCCACCGGCAGGACAUCCUGGUGCGUUGCGAUCAUGUCCUUGCGUCAGCCGAGGGAACCGAUUCAUUUCCUCCUAAUCUACCAUUUUCCCGAGAAUUAUUACGUCAAUUGGUGGAUACUGGUCUGCUGGAUGAUCGUAACGCGCUCGGAGUGGACCCAACGGUCCUUGAAAAGUCUUUACUCCCACUACACGCGGAGGCGCAAAAUACUGGAUUUGACAUACGGUCCUACAUAGACUGCAAGCUGACUCCUGACCUUACAAUCGAAGAGGCACAUACUCUCUUUGACCGAAUAUGCAAAGAAGCUGCCUCUCACUCUGCUUUUUCCAUUGUAAUCAUGAAGCGUUUCAUCUUACUUGCCACCUCAUUUGAUGUAGAAGCGCUAAGCCGACUGUGUAAAGCACUCUAUUUGCGUCACAGGAUAUUGGAUAUCAUAUCUUUGCAUGUCAAAAUAGACGAGCUGCUCUACUACACGAUAUCUUUGGUGGAUAGCUAUGACUGUGAAACCAUUGGUGAUCCACAGACGGCAGUAAGUCAUCUCGGGGACAUUGUUAUGUUCUCUCAAUAUACAUUAGCGCAUUUCAAUUUGGAUGCAAAAAUGUUCGUCCAAGGAGAUAGAACUGUGUCCGGAUUGUUCCUUCAAUCAGCCUCUCAAGUCUUCUUCCAUGAGUCUCUCUCUGGUGAAGACGCCCAAGCAUUCAAUGCCUGGUUCAAAACCCUAUUUGACAGUGGAAGUGAAGGCAUUGAAGAUACAAUACUAAGGUCGAGCCGUCCUAAAACACUGCUGAAGAUAGCAUCUACGUUGUUCUCUUCGGCUAUCAACGCGCGAAUUGAAACGAAGAUAGAUAGUGACACUUUGAACAACGGCAUAUCAUUUUUUACUGGCCCUCUCCUAAGUUGGACCCUUGUUGGCGUAGUAAAAUCUCUUCUCCAAGAGAUCUACAGAAAAGGGUUCAUGGCUCCGAUGCACAUAGAAGUCCUCCAGACACUUCUAUUGUCACCGUCUUGUCCGAAACCGGUGCUUGUUCUCUGCGGUUCCCGCAUCCUAACUCUCUUGGCAUCAAAGCCAGCUAAAGACCGUCUUGCCGCGGUGAGAUUUGACGUCGCAACUGUUCAACGGCUCGUUUCUGAGGCGUUAGGUCCGAGAGAAAUUGCUCAUAUCCAACACGCGAUGUCUCUCGGAAUGCAUGUUCCAUGGCAAGAGCAGUCGAAACAAGCAAUCCAAAAUGUUCUAAUAACAGCCCGUACUGGCAAAGCACCAUCAAUCGACGUGGAUCGUCUCGUAAAAACGACGACGCCGUCGAAGUUUUUGCGGAGCUUGUGGACAGAACUAUCUCUCUCGGCCGGAUUGGCAGAGGCAGAGACCUUCCGAAGAUUUAUAACGUUUGUUCUCACCACGCCGCUGUCGUCAGCGGGACCGCCUCUGCUACCGAUAUUCUUGCACACUGUGCUGCCAUCCCUUUUGGUCUCGAUAGACGCUUCACAGCCACAGUCCCAUGCGAACAUCGAGUUAUUGGUUAUAACUGUUUCUUCUGUUCUGACCGCAGCUUUGCACCUCGAACUGGCAUUAAGGGGGACCCGCUGGGAACACCGCUUGGUGUUUGGACAUCCGAUCGCUUCCAUGGCGCGGAGAUUGGCAACCGACCUUCGCAGUGCGAAUAGUUAUGCUGGUACAGCCAUCGUUCAACGACUAAGCUCUUCUCAGUCUUUUGUUGCAAAUUUCCCUGUAUUUAUGGGUGAAUUAGGAGUGUAA